GCUUUACGGCCGGCCCGAGCGGUUUGCCGUAGGGAGACGGAGGUGCGGUGCAAGGCUUUUGGGCGCGGUUCGACUUGAGCGCGACUCGCGUCCCGAGCCGGCCACUUGCGGGACCCGCGUCAUGGAGCCAGAACAGCUGCUGGAGGGACAGACGCCGGUUUCGGAAAAUCCUCACGCCGAGUAUGGCCUCACAGAAAACGUCGAGCGAAUAGUGGAAAAUGAGAAGAUUAAUGCAGAAAAGUCAUCAAAACAGAAGGUGGACCUUCAAUCAUUGCCAACUCGUGCCUACUUGGAUCAGACUGUUGUACCUAUUUUAUUACAGGGACUUGCUGUGCUUGCAAAAGAAAGACCUCCAAAUCCCAUUGAAUUUCUAGCAUCGUAUCUUUUAAAAAACAAGUCACAAUUUGAGGAUCGAAACUAAUUUUGGGAAAAGAAUAAAACAAUUUGGUUGUUACUGUAGAUAUAUAUGAUUAAGAGGCAGUUUAUAUUGCCAUGAUUCCUUUUUUUUCUUUUGAAAAUAUAUGAAUCUUCAGGACCACAAAUCUUGUUUUCAGUAACUCCAGAAGGGAACAUAUUUCCCUUAUUCUUUAUUUAAUGAACAUACUUAUUUAAUGAGCAUAUUCUUUGUUUUUAUUUUUUCACAUUGUCUUAAAAUCAACCUUCAGAAUAAAUUGCUAAAAAUUUGAUUAUUGGAAAGCAGUUUUUAUUGAGGAUAUUUGUGUAUUGUUUUGGUAUUACUUCAUAGUUAGCACUGAUCCUAUUUCUGAUCAUUUUUGCAUCAUGGUUUCCUUUUGGCUUCAUUUUAGAAUGUUGUAUUGAUUUACAGCACAAUGAAAAUAUAGCACAGAGAAAAGAUAAGUGGUAUUUUAAGUGGUAUACAGUUUGUCAUUCCUACCUGUCACUAUAUUGCCUUAACCUGGCUGUCUCCAAAUAGGUACUUCAUAGCCAAUCAAAAUGUAGCAUUGUUUCUCAGUUGCUUCCCUAAGCAAUCACAUGGCACCCAAGGCUUUGAUGCAUUUACUUGUUCGAUUUUUAUGGAGCCAUUGAGAUAACCCAACAACCUUGGGAGAGAGUGUUUAUGGAUAGUCUUUGGAGAAAAGAGUUUUAAGAUAGCCUAGGAAAAAAUUACAGUAAGUACCUUUUUAAAAGGACAUCAUGUUUCAUGUCUCCCAACUAACACUAAAAGUUUUUGCAAAAUUAAGAAAAAAAGCAGGAAAUUGCAUAACAGAGCUAGGUCUACUAAAGAAAAGUAGUACUGAUCUGAAUCUGCCAAAUUUUUGUUUAUAUGAGUAACAGAAAUCUGGAAAUACUGGUUUUUGUCAUUUCCACAGUUGUAUCGUGAUGUAGUAGGAAAUAUACUGGAUUUGGAGUCAGAAUACUUGGGCUUAUUACUUAUGAGGCCUAUUCUUUCAACUGCUUCAUCUCUAAGAUGGAGAUAAUACUUAAGUACCUCACAGUGUUAUUACAAAUGUAAGAACAUACAAAACACUUUUGGAGACUGCAAAGUGCUUUACAACCUUAUGGUGCUAUUAUUUUCAAAUGGUUUAGAUUGUGAAUCCUUGAGAGCAGAGAAAUGGUGUUAUCUUUGCAUACACAGUGGACUGUGUAUAGGUACUUAAUAAAAUGUUUGAAGGAAUCAGAUACACCAAAUUUUUCAUUCUGUCUGGUUUAUUCAGUUUUUAUGAAUCUGCCCUGGCAGUUACAUUUUUUAUUUUAAAUUAAAUUAUCAAAAAUAAUUGAACGGACAUACAAUAACAUGCAUUUUCAUUUACCCAUUUACCAUUUUUAAUUAACCAAAGUCAAACCAAGUAAAUUAGCAGGGAAAAAGGAAAAGAAAAUAUGUUCUCUGUCCCUGUGCUUUCAAGUCUGUCUAUUGCCUUUUGAUUUCAAUUUUAUUUGAAAAAAUAGUAGUAUGUAUCUGGGACUGGUUCUGCCAGUCUCAUUUUGCAUCAGUUCAUUUUGUCUUUCCAUGUUUUCUUGUAUUCUUUAAAUUUAUAAAAUUCCAUGGCAUUAAUAAAUAAUUCAGCCAUUUUCUAAUAAUAGAAAUACAGGUUGUAUCUAUUUUAUGCUAUUAUAAAUGAAGCAGUUAUGAAUAAUUUUGUAUACAUAGGCUUCUCCUACCCCCAACGUCCCUUAAUGAUAGUCUUAUCAUAAAUUACUGGUAAUAGAAUUGCUGGCUCAAAAGGUAUCAGUUUUGUGAAUUUUAUUGUAUAUUACCAUAGUCUUCCAAAUGCUUGCACAGAUCAUAGUUGCCAUUAGCAGUGCAUUGGAGUGCCUAUUUUUCUUGACAUGUUAAAACUGAAUUUCAUCAAUUUUUUGUUGUUUGUAUUUUAUGGGUGUGUAAGAUGCUAUCUUAAGGUUGCUAUGAUUUUCAUUUUUCUAAUUAUUGGGGAAUUGGAGCAACUUUUCCUGUGGUUAUUAAAAAUUUGCAUUUACCCUGAAAAUUGUUACAAUUGCUUAGUUAAACUAAAUUGUUUAGGUUGGCAACUAAAAUGCAUACCACACAGUCAAAAAAUAUAGCUCUGAGGGAAAUACAGAGGGAAAUAAUGUAAUUAGACAUGAUUCCUUAAAAUCUAAAUGAGACUAGAUACAUGUCUUUAUGUUAAAUAUAUUAAAUAUAUGUUAAAUUGUAAUGCAGUA